AUGAUUAGAUUUCUCCCUCUAACGUUUGUGUUUCUGUUGGCAUCUGUUUCCACUCAAAACUGCGGGAGACAGGGCGGUAACUCACCAUGUCCAAACGGUAACUGCUGUAGUCAAUACGGUUACUGUGGAAACACUCUAGCUCAUUGCUUGCCGUCAAAUAACUGCCAGUAUCAGUGCAGUGGCGGCGGCGGUGGUGGUGGUAGUAAUACUGUUAGCGCCAUCAUUACUUCAUCAGUGUUUAACCAAAUUCUCAAGUAUCGAAACAACCCCAGAUGCAAAGCCCCUGGAUUUUACACUUACAAUGCUUUCAUUAACGCUGCGAGAUCUUGUAACGGGUGUACCACUGGAAGCGCUGAAGACCGGAGAAGAGAGCCCGCGGCUUUCUUUGCUCAAACCUCCCAUGAAACAACAGGUGGAUGGUCAAGUGCACCAGAUGGCCCAUAUGCUUGGGGAUAUUGUUUUGUUAGAGAACAAAACCAGGCCAAUAGGUACUGUGACUCCCCUAACUGGCCAUGUCCCCAAAGCUACUUCGGUAGAGGACCUAUACAACUAUCUCAGUAAGUUCUUACUUUCCGUCUUUACAAAUAUUUUCUUUGUAACAGGAUUAAUCGUGUUGGUUUGCGGGUUUUACUGAA